UCAUUCUUCGUCUAUACGUUGACUGAGGAGAAGAUGGCUACUGCAAAUCUAACCAGCCUUGCAAGUAACGUCGACCUCAGAAAAGAUGAAAUCGAUGACGAUGUCAUCUUAGCCAACAUUAGUAAGAUUCAUGCUACGGCUCUCAAGUACAUUUCUGCCAUAAAAGAGCUGGCUAAUUCGGCACUUCGAGUGCCUGAUUUCAAAAUUGACCAGAUCGACAAGGAGGACAUCCCAUCAAUUAAACAGCCGGGGAGUUUCCGCACAACUUUGAUGCAAAUUUACGACGAAUCCACCUCAAUCUUUGCAAAAGCGCACGUAAACAUGUACAAGAUUGAGAUGAAGAUGGAAGAGGUGACUGAUAACGUGACGGAUUGCAAGGGAUACUUGAAAACAGAAGAAAAGGAUUUAUUACGCAGACGACUGGAUAAAAUCAAACAAGCGGCUGACGAUGUCGCAGCACUUUUAAAAGAAGUUUGCGAUGCUUUUCAUUCAUUUGGGAAUCUAAUUCAACAGGUAAUCGAAGCCCUAAUGAAAAGCGAGCACGUCAUUACGAAGACUAUUACGGACAAGAUUGAGGGGAUGAUUGAGGAAGCGAUUAAAAGCGAAGAAGAAGCCAAACAGAAAAAGGAAGACGAGUUCCAGCAGGAAAUUGAAGAAGCUGAGAGAAAUGUGAGCGAAAAAAAGAGAUACUGGGAAGACACUUGGAAAUCCAAGUUGGGCGCUUGGCUGGCAUUUCUCGUCCACGAGUUCCAAGAAGAAUCGCUUGAACAUGCCCGUCAAAUGUUGGACGAAGCCAAAGACGAAUUGAAGAGAACCAAAGAAAAGGUAUCAGCCCGUAAUAGAGACAAAAUCUCAAAUGAAAUAAUUCAAAUCAGUUGGAAAGAUGUGCGAGUUGAUGUUAAGAAAACUUUGGACAGAAAUGAAACGCUCGCAAUCCUUGAAGAUGAUUUGAAAUACAUCGUGCAGUUACAUAUUGCAUGUUUGUGCAUGCAUCGUCAUUUUGAUACAACAAGAAUUUAUUUUGACGUGGUGACAUGUCCAAGGAUAACUGACUUUUCAGCCGAAAUUGAAAGUGUAGAGAGAAAUGCCAUUCCAAUUGAAGAACUGGAAGAGUCACUUCAACUGACAUUAAAAUCCAGCGCCAAGACGCAUCACUCCGCUAAAAUGUACGUUCAAGUUAGCGACAAUCAUCUGCGUGAAGAUGAAGCGUCUAAUGACAUUAAGGAAAUGAUUACGGCUGCCAAAGGCGAUCUAUGUUAAAUGGAGAGAAAAGUGUGAGCGCAUCCCAGAUGGAAACGAUUGACAAAUGUCAAUAAUUAACUUCGUUUCACUAUCGACCUGCCCUCCGGAAUUGGCCAAGACGCUCAAGACAAACCUGAAACUCUUGUCCAACGCAGAAGAGAAUUAUUUUCGCUUAGAUUUCCUUUUUUCCUUAAUUCCAUUUUU